AUGAAACACUUGCAGGAUGUUCUUGAUAAAGCUCAUGUAUGUGAUGGUGGCCGUUUACAAUUAAUACCGAAUGCAUUACCAUCUAUAGGGUUAUUCCAUCAAAAUGUUUUACGUUGUACAAAAUGUUUUAAUGAAACUCUUUUGACUAAUUUUCAAGUUAUACAACCCAUGAAAGCUGAACAACAAGAGCCCAACAAAAGAUUAGCAUUAGCUGUGGCAACAACUGGUGUUGGAUACCGUGCAACUAAGGCGAUAAUGUACUAUGAUGGCUUACAUAAUUUUGCACAACAACAUUUUAAAACAGUUAUUAAUGAUAUAAAAUCUAGAAAAAAUGAUCGACAAAAUAUAAUGAAUAUCACCGUUUCCAUCACUGGAACAUGGAAACGAAGGGGCCAUGUAUCGAAUUAUGGUAUAGUUUAUAUAAUUGAUGUUCAAUCAGGACUUUGCAUUGACUAUGAGGUCAUGGCAUUGUUAUGUGAAACAUGUAAUUUUAAAAAAUCAAAAUUAUCACCAUCUCAAUUUACCAAGUGGUACAAAAAGCACCAACUAUUUUGUCAUAAAAAUUAUGACGGUACAUCAAAAUCGAUGAAAAAAGAAGGCACCGUUAGGUUAUUUCAACGAUCUAUAGUGAAUGGUCUUCGAUAUACACAUAUGCUUUGUGAUGGUGAUGCAUCCGCAUUUGAAGCAAUAAAGCAUUAUUAUGUUAAGCAAAGUCAACAACAACAAGUCCAUCUAAAAUCAGACACUUCAACUUCAAAAAAAGAGCAAAGCGAUUUGAAGCAUGGAGAAAUCGAAGAUCUUGAUGUUGAAGAAGAACAAGAAGAAGAAUAUGAUGCUGGUGUUGAAGAAGAACAAGAAGAAUAUGAUAUUGGUGCUGAAGAAAAACAAAAAUAUCAAAGUGUUGAUUCGUCUAAUAAUUUGAUAGUGAUCAAAGAAGAUUGCAUAAAUCAUGUCAGUAAGCGUGUAAUGAAGUAUUUAUUAGAAAUGAAACGACAAAAAACUCGACUAGUAUCAUUCUCAAAAGAAGUGUCAACAUCUAAGAAACAAUUAUCAAAGCAACAACUCUUGGAUGAUAAUAAGAGAUGGGGAGGUGGUCCUGGUAGAAUGACCAACAACAUGAUGAAGAAGUUAUCAAAUGGUUAUGGCCUUGCUGUAAGACAGGCCAGCGCACUAGCAGCUGGUAAAGAAGUUAACGAAGCAUUAGAUAUUAUGCAGCAAUUUACUCGGGCUGCAUUCUAUCACUAUUUAAAAAGCUGUUAG